AUGGAGGAGCCGUGGGAAGCAGGUCCAGAAAUGAUGUCAGCAAUACAAAAUGCUUUGGGAAACAGCAGAGAUGUUGCAGCUGCAAAAUUAAGAGAAUAUUUGGAAAUUAAAAACAAUGUACCUCUAAACAUAGCAAUCACUGGAGAGGCCAGCUCUGGUAAAUCCUUCUUUCUCAAAGCCUUUAGAAAGGUAGAAGAUGACAGUGAAGAUGUUGCUCCUACUGGUGUUGUAGAAACCACAUUAGAGGUAAAAGAAUAUCCUCAUCCAAACUAUCCCAGCGUCAUCUUCAGUGACCUUCCUGGAAUCGGAAGCACCAGGUUUCCAGCUAAACAAUAUUUGAAUCAAGUUGGACUUAAGAAGUUUGACAUCUUUAUUAUUAUCUCAGCUGAUCGCUUCAGAGAAAAUGAUGUCAAACUUGCAAAGGAGAUCAAGAAGAUGGGGAAGAAGUUCUGCUUUGUUCGCUCAAAGUUUGACAAUAAUUUACGCCAUGAAGAAAGAAAGAAAGAUUUCAACCAAGAAAAGACUUUAGCACAGAUCAGAGAACAUUGUGUUAUAAGUAAGUGUCUUCCACUGACUGCUGUUCUGAAGAGUUAA